CGGACGCCGCGCGGUGGGCGGGGCUUGUCUCCAGACCCUGCUUCCAAGCGGGCGGACCAAGGACGUCCGGGCGCUGGGGAAUAGCCGGCGAGAUGGUGGUGCUGGACAAGAUCGUCUCCUUCCUGAAGAUGGCGUGGGCCAAGCAGCCCGUCCUCGUCGUCUCCGUCGGCAUCAGCAGCGUGGCUGUUGUGCUGCCCUUUGUCAGCCCCUACGUCAAGUACUCGGAGAUGGCCAACAGAGCCACACCCUAUGUCUAUCCAGUGCCAGUACGAGAUGAUGGGAACAUGCCAGACACCCCUUCUCACCCCUGUGACAAGGAAGGGCCCAGCUUGGAGUGGCUGAAGAAUAUGUGAGGUGCCUAGUAAGGGCGAAUUGGUGGCCCCUUGGUGAAGUUGGUUGUACAGCCAGAGCAUCGCGUCAGUGCUGUCUGCUGCCCCCUUUCUGGUCAUGAAUAAUUAAGUGUUUGGUUUGUCCUUCUUGUUCACUGAUGUAAUAAAUAUUUGACUUCCAGGAA